AUGUCGUCGUCUGACGUUGAUAUUGACCGACUCACAGACAGCGAGAAAGCUGCUCUUGAAACCUACACAGCGGUGACCGGUCAGGAACCCUCGGAGGCCAUUCCUUUGUUGCGCCGCUCGCAAUGGAACAUACAGAUUGCGGUAUCUAAAUUCUUCGACGGCGAAGGGCCGGAUCCUGUCGAAGAAGCCCGUGCAUCUCUCGAAAAUGCUCCCCCAGCUCGAUCGAACCGCCAAACCCAGAACCUCAUGAGUGAAGAUCUCUCUGCACAAUUCUUCCCCGCUGCCCGAGCCGUUGAAUCUGCUCCUCGAAUAACAACACAACCGGAAGAUCAAACUGUCUACCGGCCCCCUUUUCUAUUGGCUAUAUUCUUUACGCCAUUUAACCUUCUCUAUCGAAUACUCUGCGGAUCCUUCCGUCUCUUUGGGGCAUUGUUCCCAUUCCUUCCACGCUUUUUCAAUGUGACAGCAAACCCGGCCCUCCAGGGGGCCCGGCGAAAUACUAACGGGCGAAGGCCUCUAGCUCCUAAGGACACGGCCGCCAGAUUUAUCCGAGAGUUCGAGGAGGAAUACGGAACCAAUUCGCUUGGAUUUCUGGAAAAUGGAUACAACAUGGCAUUGGAAAAAGCCCAUCGGGAUCUCAAAUUCCUCCUUGUAAUCCUUUUGUCGCCUGAACAUGACGAUACGAGCGGCUGGGUGCGAGAUACGUUACUUUCGCGGGAGGUGACCGAGUUUAUCAACGACCCUCAGAAUGAUCUGGUUGUUUGGGGAGGUAAUGUGCAGGAUUCUGAAGCUUAUCAGGUCUCGAACUCCCUCCGAUGCACCAAAUUCCCGUUUGCCGCAGCAAUGGUCCAUACUCCCAGUGUAUCAUCGACGGCAAUGUCCGUCGUUUCCAGGAUCUCAGGGACUACAUCGCCGUCGGAGUUUGUGGAAAAACUUCGGACGGCCAUCUCACAAAACAAGGAACCCCUGGAGCGGAUUCGGUCUACACGCGCUGAGCAACAGGCUUCCCGUAGCCUUCGGGAACAGCAGGACUCGGCGUAUGAACGCUCCCUGGCUAUUGACAGAGAGCGCGCGAGACAGAGACGUGAAGCAGAGGCUGCUAGGCAACGGGAGGAACAGGAGGCAGCGGAACGACGAGCGGCAGAGGAGAAGCGCGUACAAGAUCUCCAGCAAUGGAAGCUAUGGCGGGCACAAUCAAUUCCUGAUGAGCCAGGAGCAGAUGUCAAGGAUGCCAUCCGUAUUAGCAUUCGACUACCCACGGGCGAGCGUGUCAUUCGAAAAUUUACUCCUGAGGCUGAUAUAGAAGUGCUCUACGCAUUUGUGGAGUGCUACGACACCUUGCAGGAGCUGCAGCAAGGGGCCAGCCGUGCGCAAAAACCCGAAGGAUUCGAUCAUCAGUAUGGGUUCCGACUUGUUUCACCCAUGCCCAGGGCUGUGUACGAGGUGGACGCUGGCGGGUCGAUUCGGGACAAGAUCGGUCGGGGAGGCAAUUUGCUUGUUGAACCAAUCAAUGAUGAGGAUGACGACGAAAAUGAGGAGGAAGAGUCAUAA